ACGCACAGACCAUCUCCGACUUGCUCCUCCGGCCCCCCAGACGAGCAUCUUCGUCUCGGUGAAUUUUCUCAGUGCUGCUUUGCCGGUGGCUGUCUCUGCGCAAAUCUCUCGCCAAACCCAAUACUCUCGUGGUUUUUAAAGCACGCAUUCUCUCCGCCGAUAUCAUUCUCUCGAGCUCCUCCCCCCAGGCCGCGCUCCAACGACACGUGCUGCGUCCCACUUGCUGCACCCACGCUUGCAUUUUGCGCUUUCUUUGAGGCAUCGGAUCGUCAAUGGGCAUCUGCGCUUCGUGUCUGGGCAUUAACCGCCGGGAUAGCCAUGAUUCCGAGUCGUCACGGCUUCUAGACGAAGAUCUAUACCAAGCGAGUUAUGGAUAUGGCGCCCUGAACCAAGCCAACCAAUCCAACCAUCCUGAUCCCGAGUACCUGAAGCGCGAACGGGAAGCUCUUGACGCCAUCUGCCAACGAACCUCUGACGCUGUCAUUGAUAUCUGGUCUCUCCAUCCGCAACCACACCUCCAACCGCAAGCCACGCUUCAAGGCUCGAUCGCGACCGUUGAAUCCCAGGUCACCACCACCACCACCGGCGAGAACAUAGUUACUACAUCAGUUCCUCAUUCAAAUGAGCCAGGACAGAACGGCACCGUGCCCAAGCACUGGGGCGAGGUGGUGAUCAACCCGAGGAAGAAGCGGUCACGACCAGGCCUCAACACAGAUGAAACUAAUGGCCGCGAUGUCUUCGGUGUAUUGAAGGUCACCUGAUGAGAUCUAUGAAAGGCAUGCAUGGUAUGGGAACAGACAGGUGAUGCCUCUCUUCUCUUUUAGCAUAUUAUUAUUUUUACCCAUGGCUUUCUUUCAACUCGGUUCAUAUGUAAUACCCCUCGCAUCCAAACAUCCUCCAUUCUUUUGAGACCUUUCCUUUUUUUUUUUUCUUUAAAUACCUUCUGCAAUUAUCACUACCUAGCCGAUUACUCCGUGUUUCAAUC